CAGAGCGGAAAUGACCUCAUUUGAUAAGGCGCAAUUGUUCAUUAGGAAGCCCUUAAGUAGCCUAAGCACUUGUUAAACUAUACUCCUUGCCAUUAGACUUUGGAAACACUCUAAUAACUCAUUGAGGAAGAGUUUGAACACUGAAUUCAAAUCAUGGCCUGCAGUUUGCUGAAUGUUUGAAACCCGUUGUUUCUCCUCAGGGAAGCUCAAAACUUUCCUUGCGGCGAAACAAACAGGAAAAGAGUGGCAGUGUUACGCACCGAGGGAAAGUUUUCCAGCAAACACUCAGCAAAACGCGCCCCACGGGCGUUAUUUCCUCGUCCUGACUGGAUGAAAGGGGACCAGCCCUCCUGGGCUUCCUUUCUUUCUCCUUCCAUCUCUCAGCAGCGCACCAACCCGAUCUUUCAGCCGGAGUUUGAUGUGUGAACUCUGGGAGACCCUUGGCACCGCGCGCGAUAGAGUUGCCAGGACACUUUUCUCGCGUCCUCGUGUUUCCGUCAAUGUUUAAGGAAUGGAAAGUAUUCUCUUGGAAUUAUAAACUCGGGGUCAAACGGGACAGAAGCAGAUAAAGUCGGAGGUUUUGCAUUCCGCGGCUUGGUUUAUCUGCACCGGAUCUACGGACGCUCUGCGCUGCGGUGGAACCCCCGGGUCCAUGCGGCGCUUCUGGAUCACGGAUCAGCGGGCGGCUCGGUUCCAAAUCAUGUGGCUGCUCGUGUGCUCCUUCAUGGCGGUGCUGAGCGGUGAGAACUACGCCACACAGGCCCAGGUGAUGUCCUCCAAAGCGCUGAGGACCUCAAACACACGCAGCAGUGUAACAGACAGCAAUCGCCUCACAGACUUGUACCGGAAGGAAGAGGUCAUAAUGGUCAGCGGAGGAGGUCACGUCCAGAGCCCGCGCUUCCCCAGCUCUUACCCCCGAAACCUGCUGUUGUCAUGGAAACUGCUCUCGCAGCCACACACGCGCAUCCUGCUGGAAUUCGAUGCUCAGUUUGGACUGGAGGAGGCGGAGCAUGGAGUCUGCAGGUAUGAUUAUGUGGAAGUUGAGGAUAUUUCUGAAACCAGCACCAUCAUCUGGGGCCGCUGGUGUGGUCAAAGAGCUCCGUCACGGAUCAUAUCCAAAACAAACCUCAUCAAAAUCACCUUUAAAUCAGACGAUUAUUUCGUAGCAAAACCAGGAUUCAAAAUCUGCUAUUCACUGCUGUCUCGGUCUGUUUUUCAGGACAAUGCACCUCUCGCAUUUCUGACCAACUGGGAAGCAGUUACAGUGAUGUCAGAUUUUAGGGAGGUUUCUGGGACGGACACACCGCUGUCUGCGAGCGCGCUGGACCACGACAUCGCCAGCGUCAGCACAGUGGAGGAGUUACUGAGACACAUGAACCCCUUCACCUGGCAGGAAGACCUGGAGCAGCUCUACACACACACACACACACACUACUACAGACCACGAGCUUUCCACAGUGACCGCAGACACAAGCUUGACCUCGACCUUCUUUAUGAUGAUGUGAAGCAGUACAGCUGCACUCCGCGCAAUUUCUCGGUGAAUCUCCGCGAGGAGCUGAAGACGACCAACGCCGUGUUUUUCCCACGAUGCCUUCUGGUUCAGCGCUGCGGGGGAAACUGCGGCUGCGGCACGGACAACUGGAACUCCUGCAGCUGCAGCGCCGGAAAAACCAUCAAGAAACUACACGAGGUGCUGAAGUUUUCUCCAGGUCAGAAUUUCUACAGGAUGAAAACACGUGCUCACUGGGUUCUGGAGGAGAUUUACCUGCAGCAUCAUGAGAGAUGUGACUGUGUGUGUCAGUCCAGACCGCCGCGAUGAACACACACACACACACACACACGACACACACUCGUCUGUAGUUUUCUGUCCAGCGUUGGGAGAUUCUCGGUCAUGUAGCUUUUGUAUCUGUUUUCAUGGUUUAGAUGUUAUUGUGUCCAGUAAACUCACCAGUGGAAUGUAAAUGAAUAUUAAUGAGGCUUUUGCUCUCUGAGACCAAUCAGAAGUCAGAGCUCCCUGAGGGGGCGGAUCCUUCACAGAUUUGAUCCAAUCCAGUGUUAUUUAUUAAAAGAACUUUGUCUUUUUAUAUCUGUGAUCAUGCUGUUGUAUGUGGCUUUUGUUUUCAUAUUCUCUUUCUUGUCUGAGCAGAUAUUUU